ACGAAACAAUAUUUUGAGGCGGGGCUUGUGUUGAUGCCUAUAUAUAUUCAUGUCUUUGCACACUGUCGGUGUUUGACUUCGGUGCGACUUACCAGUCACUCUUUGGAAAAAGCCUUUCAGCGAAAGCCAUAUUCGGCAAAAUAUUUGAACAACCAUCAUGAUGAUGCAACUCAUAAUAAGACUCCUGAGCGGACAAGUGAAGCAUCUGGAAGUGAGCGGUGAUGCCACAGUCGGCGAACUCAAGGAGCUCAUUUGUCAGCUCGUCGGAGAGCCUUCUUACAAACAGAGACUCUCCGCCGAUAACGGUUCCCGUAUCAGCCUUGAGGAUGACUCCAGGACCCUCAGCAGUUACGGGUUGCACUCCGGAUCAGUGGUGAGUCUGCUCAUCACGAACGCGCCUUGCCAAGUGUUCGUCAGGAAUGAGAAGGGCCAGACGGGAACUUAUGAAAUUGAUAUCAAUAAUGAGACCGUGGAUCAGCUCCAGACUAAGAUCUGUCGCAAAGAGAAAGUUCCCGUGGAUCAGCAGAGACUGAUUUACAACGGAAGACAGCUUGAGUCUGGCAGGAAGCUGCAAGAAUACGGCAUCACACAAGCAAGCACUAUUCACAUGACUCUCCGUCUGCGAGGAGGUUGAUCCGUUAAAUGUGUGCAGAAAGGACUAAAAAAGUGAUGGACUAAAAAAUAAAUAAAGUAUUAAGUGAUGUAAAUAAUAGGCCUAUUACAAUAGAAUGUUUUGGUUAAAUCACUGUUUUGGGAACUGAUAAAACUUGUUAUUGCGGAACAAAUGUCAUAUUGUCUUAAGAGCUCAUGUAAUGCCACUGUAUUUAUCUGCACUUCAUAUAACUGUACAUUUUACCAUUAUGAAUGGUCUUUCACUGUAACUAAAACAAUAAAUACUCGAAUCAUUCCCAACAAGUGUUUGUUUUUAUC